GUCAACACUAAACGACACAAUCCACAUUUUUUAUUAUUUCCUUUUUUCUAAGAGCUGAGAAAAUUGAUCUAUUUCUGAUUACUCGUAAUAAUGGGUAAAAAAACCGCCAAAAAAGUUAAAAAAGAAGUGAUAGUCGCAAAUGCUGAACCCACAUUAACAACAGCGUCCGAAGGAGACUUGAAAAAAGCCGAAGCAGAACCUGCUGAACCUGAGCUUAGCAAAAGCAUCAACGAAACCCCUUCGGCAGUUGUAAAAAGCUCUAAAAAAUCAGUUGAAGGAGUAAAUAUAAAGCGUCAAAGCCAAGGUGGAAUAUCGCAACACACAAAAUCUAUAGAGAAAAUCGUUCCUCCGGACAUCGAAACUACAAAAAGUAAAGAAGAACUCAAACCAAAGAAAAAGAAAAAAGAUAGCGUAGACGCGAAGAGAAUAAGAGAAUCGCGAGAUAUCAGAGUCAGUAUCAGCGAAAAAAAUGAGGAAAGAAUUGAAGAAAAUGAAGAAGUAUCUGAAAAAGGGCCAGAAAAACCACCAAAAAAGUCUAAAAGUGGGAAAAAGGGAAAGAAGGAAAAGCAAGAGUCUGAAGACAAGGAGAAAAUUGAAAAACCUAAAAAAGCCAAAGCACCAGCGAAACCAAAAGGAAAACUAAUAGAUAAAGCUACACAAAAGGAUAAAAAUGAAGAAAUGGCCGUUCCGGCCGCCGAAUCGUCCGGACAAAUUGUCAGGGCAGAGUCUCAAACCAUCAAUUCAGAAAAAAAACAACGGUCCAGAGUUUCCAUAGCGAAAGAAGCCAUUAAAUCGGAAGACACUAUCUCAAAAAAGCGGAAGAAACAACCCAAAGAAGGUCCGAGGUAAACAACCAUAUUGCAUCAGAUAUCACGAAAAAGUCAACUUCUAAUACAAGCCAGCAAAGGACGUCAUUUUUUAUGGUCUUCAAAAGUGAUGCUGAAGAGUCUAGUAGUGAAGAGUCGGAGGAGUUAUUAGGAGAAGGAG